CCAACUGCUGUGACUGCUUCUUCUUGGCGCCUUCGUCGUUGGGAAAAUCCACCAGGGUCAACCAUCGUACCCUCGAGCGCUGUCUCUACAUCUGGCGGUGCUCCGUUAGGGCGAUUUGUCACUCGGUCUAUGAAUAACACAGUGGCAGAUACUUCAGCUGGCGGCAACGGUCCUUCCAACCCAGGGAUUGGCCAACUCUCAGCUCCUCGGCCCCACCGAUCGACUCGUGAUCGUGUUCCGACUGGUCGCGUUAACCCCGCCGAUUUGGCUGAGGCAGCAAGUUAUCUCCAGCAGGCUAAUCCGGCCCAGACUGCCACUGGAACUAUCCCCACCACAACUACUGAAGGGCCUUCACUCAGUAACAACCCCACCUCAAACAACGUGACCAGCACAACGGCUACAACUCCCACGGCUGCUGUAAUUCAGCGACCAACCAGUCGGUUUCUCUUGGCUUCCUCAAUAUCUGCUGGAUCAACUGGGUUAUUGAAUAACGGCAAUGCUUCUGUCUCGACGCCUAUUAUGUCUACUUCAUUUAGUAGUAGCUGUAACAGUAGCCAUCAGCCGUCUCGAUAUACUGACCCGGGAGCGAGUUCGAUGGCCUCCGCAAACGUUUCCUUGGCUGGGCGCUACUCUUCUCGAGAGGCCUAG